CUCGUAGUUCGUACACGCAGAUAAGCGAGUACGCGAUCCGGCACUAGUCUUGGACGGGCAAGCCUAGCACAGUACGGAAAAGCGGAGCAACGACGUCCCAUCCAACGCAUUAGCAGGAAUACAGAUGUCUUAGCAGGAGAGCAAGAGCCUUGGUUUCCGCGCGUAUGCACGGUUUUACUCGUACUGCGUGUCUGUUUAGCCCAUACAUAUGAGCCGCGAGGCUGUGUGAACAUUGCAAACUCCUCGGCGGGGGUGAAGAGGUAUAUCAUACAUAUAUAGGACAGGGCGAUAAUUUUUUGAGACAACUGCGAGACCUUGUUUUAUCCCUAUAAUUCGUCGCAUUGCUUAGCCCAAGAAGACUCACUCGGGACCAACGAUAACAACGACACUUCGAAUGCACUUCCACCCCGCUACGCCAAAGCUUCAACUAUGAAUCCCUUCGCUGGCUUAUCCGCAUAUGCGGACCGCUUCAACCGCACCAUUCACAUCGCGCAGGCCAUUCUCGUGCUUGGAGCCUUUAUCACCGGAUGCGCACUGCUCGCCGACUCGUCGAUGCCACGCGGGCGCUCCACCACGCUGGUGCUUGUCUACUCGAUCAAAUCCGCCUUGUUCUUAUUGUUCCAGUAUCUCACCACACAUGUGGAUCGGUACCUCCGGUUCGCCAGCCCACGAGUGAACUUCUUCCUCGAUGCGCUCGAUUGCUUGCUUUGGUUUACGGCUUUCAUCAUCUCGUGUUUGGGCGGCAAGCGCUGCAUGGGCAGUAGCUGUACAAAUAUUGGGAUCGCGGCCGCGCUUGCGCUGUUUUUGGGGUAAUUGGUCCAAUCCAAGGUGGCAUGUGAAUUGAAACUAUAUACUGACCAGCGUAGUGUGUCAUAUUUCAUUACGUCCGUUGGCAUCAGUUGGCCUAAAUGGAGAGGGAGCAAGAAAGUCCAGCAUGUGGAGCAGGUGUGAAAGCGUCAGUUACAACCGUCGGCGAUCGCUUUGUUGCAAGGCGGAGAGGAGGCUACGGAAUCACUGCGUUGCAUCUUGACCUGACUAUAUCCAACACAACUUACGCGCAACCCACAUGCGCAUCUAGACCGCGAUUUUCUCACUAGCAGCCAUAUCAUGGUCGCCGCGCUCAGCAACCACGCUAUAGCAGCGUAUUUUCAAUUGCUCGACGUAGGUGGCUCGAACUAGAAGAGAAUGAACAUCGAGUGUGCACGCAGCAGCACAAAUCUGACAAGUUGAUCCGUCUCUGAGACAGCAGUUGGAUUGGACGAAACAUAACCAUUUACAAUGAUUCUUC